ACAUGGGAAAAUCACUUUCUCACCUGCCUAUGCAUACAUGCAAAGAAGAUGGCUAUGAUGGAAGCUCAGUGUCUGAUAACGUGAGGAAUGGWUUAGUUCACUCGGAAGUGCACAAUGAAGACAGCAGAUGUGGAGAUGUAUCACAGUUUCCCUAUGUGGAAUUUACUGGAAGGGACAGUGUCACCUGCCCGACUUGCCAGGGAACAGGAAGAAUUCCACGAGGGCAGGAAAAUCAGCUGGUAGCAUUAAUUCCAUACAGUGAUCAGCGACUGAGGCCAAGAAGAACAAAGCUCUAUGUGACUGCUUCUGUAACUGUGUGUUUGCUCCUUUCUGGGCUGGCUGUAUUUUUCUUGUUUCCUCGCUCAAUUGACGUUGAGUACAUUGGUGUGAAGUCAGUAUAUGUCACUUACGAACAGGGUAGGCGGAUAAUCUAUCUAAAUAUUACGAACACAUUAAAUAUAACGAAUAACAACUAUUACUCUGUUGAAGUGGCAAAUAUCACAGCCCAAGUUCAGUUUUCAAAAACAGUUAUUGGCAAAUCACGGUUGAACAACAUCACCAACAUUGGUCCRCUGGAUAUGAAACAGAUUGAUUACAUGGUGCCCACAGUCAUACAAGAUGAAAUGAGCUACAUGUUUGACUUCUGUACUUUACCAUCUAUCAAAGUACAUAACAUAGUAGUGAUGAUGCAAGUGACRGUGACAACCUCGUACUUAGGCCACCCUGAGCAAAUAUCCCAGGAGAGAUACCAGUAUGUGGACUGUGGAGGAAACACGACCUACCAGCUGGGCCAGUCAGAAUAUUUAAAUGUCCUUCAGCCUCCACAGUAAAGGCACCUGUUGGUUGGUGUGGAAUGACUGCUGUUGGUGCUUGCAGAAAUCCUUUGGAUAGAACUGGUACUACAUGGAGCAGAGAGUACAUGCAAUGUACAGCAYAGCAAACAGACAUGGAGACCUGUUCACUUUAGAUGCAAGGAGGGAGAGGUGCAAAUUGUAAAUAGGUGCACUUGUUAAAUGUUGUGUUUUCCCCUUCUGUUUGCUUUCUGUUACCGUAAGCACUUCUGUCAAGUUGUGUGGUGGGAGGGAGAGGGGGAAUAUCAGAUUCUUGAACAGAACUGGGACUUUUCUUUACWGUGUGGUACAUCAAUUUAGGGUAACCAUGUGUAUGUCUAUGUUUAGGUGAAAUGUGUCACUAAUGAGCAUUUUUAAAAAAUAWUACUUAUAAAUUUUAAGUUUAUUCUUCAGUUCUUGAUAUUUGACUGUCAAAAAUGCGGUAUUACUACUUAAAUAACAAGAUUACUUUGGGUGUGAAACUUCUAUUAGUAACCCAGUGGCAAUAGUUCUUUAUUUUGGGAUUCUAUGCUUUAUUUGCUAUCCACGAUUAGAAGUGACAUGCAGUCUAUGAAAGUCAGGAAAUGAAAAGUCUUGGAUGACACAAUAGUUGAGUGUGUGAUUUCUAGAAUCUGGCAUCUUUUCAUUCAUAUUCCCCCCUUGCUACCUCUGGGAUAUUAUAAGGAGAAUGUGUAUUGGUACAUUUAAAGUUUGGUUUAAAGUGAAACAAAAAAACAAUCCCAGAACAAUUACUGACAGAAAAAAAAUACAAGACUCUAGAAAAUGAAGAA